AUGAUGAUUGCCACAGAUCUGAAUAAGCUUGCCGAAGAUUUGGAAAAACAAGAAUUGGAGGCACCAAAUGCUGAACCUCCACCCCAGGUCUAUGAACAACUGUUAGCCAUAUAUUUAUAUCAAAAUGAUUUAUGCAAUGCAAAAUAUUUGUGGAAACGAAUACCUCCAAAUAUAAAAUCAUCAAAUCCAGAACUUGGUCAUAUAUGGGCUGUAGGACAAGCAAUGUGGAAUAGAGAUUUCUCAGCUAUAUACAGAGCCCUAAAUGCAGUAACAUGGUCAGAGUCAAUUGCUGAGAUAAUGAAACUUGUGCAAGAUGUGAUUAGGACAAGAGCAGUGGAUCUCAUUUCCCAAGCAUACUCCUCUAUCACCUUGGAUACAGUAUCAGCCAUGACAGGUCUCUCUCCUGACAUUUGCAUUCCUGCUUGUACAGAGAGAGGCUGGAAGUUUGAACCAGAUACCAAAAUGGUUCAUCCUGUACGUCAAAAUAUUGAACAUAUUGGCCAAACUAGCAGUGAGGAUCAACUCUAUAAGUUGACUGAUUUUGUUUCUUUUCUAGAAAAUUAA